AUGGAUGCACUUUGGGGAUUCGCCGCAAAAAUCCCGGAGAGCGGGCCGGGCGCGGCCGAUGCGAGAACAUUCACCAUUAUAUUGAAUGCGGUUCGGCAAAACUUGCUCGUGGAUGCACCACUUGGCGAAGGGGAGAAUGAACUUGCCCACCGACGAGAACGAGGGGUGGUGGAAGGCAGGCGAAUAUGGGAAGAUGUUGUUGGCCGGUGGAGAAAUGCGGAUCUGAUCGUUGAAGAAGAGUUGGUUUGCGCAAUGGGAAGGCUCCUUCUUGUAGGGAGCAGGCCUCGCGAUUGGGACGAUGUACUCUCCCUUGUUGAACAGACCAUGGACAUACCACGUCUCGUGCCUCGAUUGGGAAGCAUUGAACGAGAGGCCCUACCACGUAUUCGAGCGCCCAACACACUUCCGGAAUUCAAGCCUGAGAACGAAGACGAGGAUUCUAAACGUGGAGGCGAGUUCCUUGCACUCACGGUGGAUGGCAAGAAGUCAAGGCCCCUCACGUACGCGACUCCGUCAAACGAGACCUUAUCAAUGGUUCUUGAAGCCUGCCAAAAGAUUGUAGCCCCCAAGGCUGCCGAAGAGUACUGGGAGAUGCUGACUGACCCCGGCACUUACGCAAUUGUACCCGACAACAACAAUCUUCAUCAGCGCUUGCGCCUUUUACGUCAAAAUCGCGCGUCAACCGCUGUAGUACGAAUGCUGCAGGAUAAAUCCUUUGCCAAUAAACUGCAUCUCAAGCCUGGCACGUUCCGAAUAGCGAUGAGCACCUGCGUGCGCGACAAAAACAACCACAAUUCGCUGAAGAAUGCGACCCAGAUUCUCCAGCUCAUGAUGGACACUCUGCCAGAUGCAGACCCCAAGACAAUCCAAAAAUACGCUGAACUUGCUGUUGACUUCCCGCUUGCCAAAGGCGAGGAUCUCGUGGAAGCUCUCACAUACCUCCAGCCUGUGGCUAACAGCAUCAAGGUGCAGCUCAACGUGGGCACGGAGAAAACCUACCGCGGCCGUAGUUCCGCUGACAUCAAGCCGUUAUCUGAAGAGGCGAGGCAGGACGCCGUUGCCGCGCUUCGCAAGAUCUAUGCUGUGUUCGACAAGCUCAUUCUGUCCAACUUGAUUUCAGAAGAGCAAAAAGCCCCAUUUAAAGCCGAGCGAGCAAGGAUGUCCGCCUUGAUCAACAGGCUCGCCUUCAGAGCCUCUGUCAAGAGAGUCUCUCUCAAGAGUGGACCUAGCGCGAGUGAAGAAGCUCAGGGUGAGACAGAUGAUUCUGCUAAAGUGGAAGUCGCGACUGAAGAGAGAAGAGAGAAGCUGGGGUUUUCGAGGCCCAGUAAUAACUGGCGGACACACCACAACCACCCCGCAAGUCCUCUUACAAGAUCCCCACCUAAAUCGCUCACCAUGGGCAACGACGGCGGCUCCAUCCCCAAGCGCCGCGAGCUCGUCAAAGAAGCCGCGCGCGCCCCCACCGCCGCCCAAAUCAAAGAAGCCCGCGCCGAAUCCCAAGACCACGCCUGGAACCACUGCCCGCUCUCCUCGAAACCCCUCGCCGCGCCCGUGGUCUCAGAUUCCCUGGGUACACUCUACAACAAGGACAGCGUCCUCGAGUUUCUGCUCGCGGAGGAGGGCAGCGCGGAGAAGGUCGAAGGCGAGAAGGUGCUAGCGGGCAGGGUGAAGGGGCUGAAGGAUGUGGUGGAGGUGAAGUUUGAGGUAGAUGUUGAGGCGGAGGGGGAAAAGGAUAAGGCUUCUGGCGCAGGGAGGAGGGAGAAGUGGGUGUGUCCUGUGACGAGGGUGGAGAUGGGACCGGGCGCGAAAGCGGUGUAUGUGGUGCCGUGCGGGCAUGCGUUUGCGGGGAGCGUGGUGCGCGAGGUUGAGGAGAAGAUUUGCGUGCAGUGCAACGAGGCCUACGCCGAGAACGAUGUUAUACCCAUCCUUCCUACGGUCCCAGCGGACAUCGCGCGGCUGACUCUCCGCGCAAGGACGUUAAAGGAGAAGGGCCUCACGCACGCGCUGAAGAAGGCGCCCGGCAGCAAGAAGCGCAAGAAGACCGCCGACGCCUCGUCCGCCGACGCAAAAGCCAGCACCUCGGAGGAGGAUAAGAAAUCAGCAGCGAAACCGGAGAAAAAGGAGCGACAAGCGGACAACGGGAUCAAGAACGCAAGCACAGCGUAUCUCACGAAGAGAGUGCUUGAGGAGCAAGAAGAGCGCAACAAGAGGCGGAAACUGGGCCAGAAUGACAACGUGAAGAGUUUGUUUUCAAAGGGGAAUCAAAAGGCGGAUCUGGCGAAUAGCAAGGACUACAUGACGAGGGGGUUCAGCAUCGGUGGGAAAUGA